AUGCCACCUCGCCGUGUACGAAGAAACACAGGACAUUGUAGAGUCGCGGUCGUAGAAAGGAACUGUGGCAGUGUGGGUGCAGGUUGAUGUCAAAGCAAUUAGGUGAUAAAAUGAUUGGAAAAGAUGCCCUAAUGUGUGCAGGAGGGCGUUCAAUCGGGCUUCAACAUUGCUCUCUUCCACUGACUCGUCAAAAGCAGCAUUAAUAAUUCAACUGAUAAUUGAUAUAGAAAUAUUAAAGAAAAACACGUUACAAAUUGCAUUUAUGUUAAGCAUAGUAAGAUUCACAAUGACCAUGUUGUCAUUCAUUUCGCCUUGCUUUAUCGCGUAUGAUACGUUACAUGAUCAGGCUGCUCCAUUUACUGUUCUAGAACAUUUGGAACACUGUUCUGGAACGAUAUGAAAUGGAGUGCACACGGUGUUCUGCAUGGAACAGUGUUUAUAGUUUAUAUAUGCGUGCAACCAUGCAUUGCUAUAUUCAUUAGUUAUUCGCAUAAUAAAGCGUAUAAUGAUUUGCUGUUAUUUUGUCAAUAUUUGUAUAUCUUAUAUAAGUAUGCUUUUGUAACGUUUUUACUCGUUGAUUUCGCCGAACCCUGACGUUCGAAUAGCGUAUAAUAAGUAUAUGUGAUAUAGCGGUUAACCCUUCAAAAUAACACUCUAUGCAGUGUGCAUUGGAUACACAAAAUCUAUCGUCUGCAUUUCCAAUCACGUGAAAAUGGGCAGUAUCACGUGUCUGUUCUGGCUGCCCCUACACACGUAAAAAUCUCACAACUUGUCAACAAGAUGUGUUCGCAACAGGCUUGUAGCAAGCUUGUCAACAAGUUGUAACUGAAUGCUAUUAUUUUAUCAAGUUGUUACAAGGUUGUCACUCACAACUUGUUGACAAAUUGUUGAAUUGCAGGACGAUAACAAGUUGUUGGAACAACUUGUAACACGUCUGUUAGCUCAACAACCUUGUAGCAAGUUGUCAACAAGCGGUUGACAACUUGUCAACAAGCUGGGAACAAGCAGUGCGAACACAUCCUGUUGACAAGUUGUUGGAACAGCAUUGCUACAAGUCUGCUGCAGGUUUGUUACAACAUGUGCGUUUUUACGUGUGUAGUCGAAAAUCGGGGUAGUCAGAACAUUUCAGAACAGUCAUGUGACUGUCUUCUGUUCCAUCCCUUAUUGUUGCGAAAAUCCGGAGUUCUCCGAACAGUAAAGCCUGCCGGACACGAGAGAAACUUGCUGAGCUAACCGCCUCGAGUGACAGCUAGCUUAGCUAUGUAUUUUCACCGCACACGAGAGAAUCUUGCUGAGCUAACCGCCUCGAGUGACAGCUAGCUUAGCUAUGUAUUUUCACCGCACACGUUGGGAAAACUACACAACAACGACAUAAUUGACAAAAUCAGUUUACAUUUUCCUCCAUUUUGUUCCAAGUCACAUGACGAAACUAUGGUUUCUCAUUGGCUAAUUGAUUCAAGCAGCUUAAUUAAAGCAAAUUAACCACUAGUCAUGCCAUUCACCAAAGCAGUAAAUUACGAUUUGGCGUUUGAAGUUGACGUUUGGCGUAUAAAUGAUUGAACUGCUACGAGGGCUUCUAGUCGUUAAAGCAUGAAAUUUAUACGCCAAAUGUCAACUUCAAACGCCACAUCUUAAGUUUACUGCUUUGGUGAAUACAUGACCGAGUGGUUAAUUUGCUUUCUUAAAUUAUUGCUAAAGAGCACAAGUUUAAUGAUUGUUUAACAUAUUUCAAAACUGGUGUAAAAGCUAUUAUAAUAGAGUUGUAAAAUCAAAAAUUUCGCUAGCGGUUUGACGUUUGCCGUAAAAACGUCAAUCUUAAGGUCUCUACUGAUAUUGGCUUUACGUUCGCUUAUGUGCUUCCGUGCGGGUCAACUAUUAGCAUAUAUACACUAACAUAACCAAUCAGAUCUUGGAUUUUGACGAAACAACAUUGCCGAGGGCGAGGUAAAUACUGUACCCACAAAGCUAUCCGCUUUCGUCCUUAGAUGGCAGGUCAACUAUUUGGACGUUAUUAGAGAGUGUUGGGAAUUAUUUUCAGGUAAUUAUUUUCCAAUAAUAAUUUAUUUGCUUUAUUUGCUUUUAUGAUUCAGGUUGCUUAGUUAUUAUAGAAUCGACGGAUGAAAGGCCUUACGGGAAUCGUUUGAAUAUAGUGAGUUUUGUAUCAAAUCGGCACAAUUUUAUAACCGCGUCCGCAUGUAUUCGUCGUUUUAACGACGUUUUGGGAAAGAAAGUUUUAGUUUUCCAUUGAAAAACCUAUAAAGGGAAAGGAAGUUGCAGUUUCACUGCGUCUAGGGAAGAAAGUUAUAGUUCCCUUGUUGACGCUAAGACGCGUACAAAUCAAGCGUGACAAAUUCAUACGCCAUACUACAAAUGGUGAAUAUUUAUUCAUUUCUGUGAAUAUGACUGACCAGACAAACACCGAACAGUCUGUUGGUUUCACCACAGAUAAUACGACUGAUUUAAAAGAGUCGGUGCAUUUUUUAAGGAUUCUUCAGUGGUGGGGUAAAACUGCCAAAGGGCCCAUUUUCCCAACCUCGUUCCCAGGCUCUUUGCUCUUGUGAAGCACAACUCAAAGAGCAUGGGAACGAGGUUGCCAUUUUCCUUGUCCUUCCCCAGCAUAGUAUGCGAUCGCCGAAAGUGUGAGCAGAGUACCGCAGGCACGAGUUAGCUAAAGGGGUUGAAGCUGAGGGCAUGUCCCCCCCGGAAAUUUUUAAAAUUUGGGUCUCUGAAAUAGCAUUUCCUGCAUUCUGAGAACACAUUUAAAAAAAUCUCAGCUUCUCAAAACAAAGUUUUAAUGGUGAAAUUUGUAAUAAAUUGCAUGCUAAACAUUCAAACAUAACUACGUUUAAGUAUGCUCACCAACAAAAUUUUGUUUUUUAAACUUCUUUUCAAUGUUGAACUCAUUUACUCAAUACAGGUCCUAGGGCCCUGGCUUUGGGGCAAUAGACCAUUUUUUUCUUCAGUGGUGGGGCAGAGGAAGGGGCCCAGUCCAUGGUAUUAAAAAAUGCCUUGAUUAAAGAGUUGAUGGCUACAAUGAUGUCUGAAAUGAUGUCGGUCAUGAAAGACGAUAUGCUCAGACUGUACCGCUCCCGAGCCUGAGGCAAACAAUGACAAUGUUGAGCCUGAAGGCCGUUUUCCAGUAGGCGGAAUUUUCCGCGCGGAGCAGAAUUUCUCUUUGUCUUUUCUAAUUAGUUCCACCCGAGAAAUCACAAGACAAAGAAAAAUUCCGCUCCGCGUGGAAAAUUCCGCCUAGUGGAAAACGGCCUUGAGGCAAAUAGUGAAGGCAUACUUCGAAACCCGGACUCAAUGGGACUCGGACUCGGAAAAAAUUCGGACGUCGUCUUUGAGAAACCCGGACUUGACUUUUGAAAACCCGGACUCGAAAUAUAAAAAAACGGAUUCGAAACAAGGACUCUGUGUACGAGAUUUUUGCAAAGGCUUUUUGCAAAGGUUUAAUAAUAGUUAACAUGAUAAACUACGGGCGCUUUCCAUUAACACGGCCAGACCGGUCAGAACGGUCAAAUUGUUGAAUGGAACACAAAACGUUUGGGCUUCGGACCUAUCUGACCAGAAAAUUUAGAUAACAUUAGAAUGAGGUCCAUUUUCGCUAGAUAUUUGUGAAACAUAGACCAGAUCUUCCCAUUGAUGCAGAGACAAAAAUUCUGGUCUGACCGGUCAGUCAUUAAAUGGAAAGCGCGCUAUGAUCUCUUUGCAACAAUAAUCAGUAUACAUCUUAAAUUAUCUGGCGUAGUGCUAUAAACAGGGCCUUUCAGAGAAGGGGGGCAGAGGGGGCAAUUUGCCCCGGGCCCCCAGAGUAAGGGGGCCCCCAAAUUUGCAAAAUAAAAAAAUAAUAAUUUGGAACGUUUUUUGAUAUAAAUAAUGGUGUGAGAAAAAAUUUUCUAAACCUAAAUUUUGCAGAUAUUGGUCCGAAAAAAGGGUUUUACCCAUGUUUUAACAAGAAUUUGUCCCUAAAUUUUUGUGAACCUUAACUUAACUUAUGUUAGUCCGGAAACAUUUUUUGACCUUUUUUUUAUAUGUCCGGAAAAAAAUCUUCCCCCCCCCCCCCCCAGUCGCCAAAAUGUUUGGGUAAAUUUGCCCCGGUCCCCCGAAUUUCUCUGAUAGGCCGUGGCUAUAAAGACUGAGAAGUCAAUUCCAUGAUUCAGCGUUUCUAUAAAUUAUUAUUCCUUGCAAUAACAGCUGGUGCCAAAGUGAACAUCCUAAGUCCACGUAUUGAGGGAGUUUUGUUUCCUAACGUUGUGAGUUUGAUGGUCCGGACUUUUUCAACAAAUUACAACUAUGUGAACAUUUGUUUUGGAGUCUUUAGUCUAAAGUGUCGAGUCUUUAGUCUAAAAUAUUGAAUAUUUGACAAUGGUUUUGAACAACUUAUAAUUGUAUACUGUAUAGAGCGGUUUGCACUCAUUCCCCAAGGACCAACUCAACAAAAGCCAUGGCGGCCAUGUUGGUGUUCCAGACAAAGGAAUCUAAUUAAAAUUUUUUUAAAUUGGAACACCAUCAUGGCGGCUGUGACGUCAUGUGCAAACGCUCUAUUGUCCGUUCGCUGUAUAUAUCAGACGAAAAUUCAUGAUGUGCUGUCUCAACCAAUGAAAAUUAGCUCGUUUGUUACGUGAACGGUUGUGAUUAGUAGUGAUUACUAACUUCUUAUUAACCGAACGCGAGAUCUGUACAGAGAAUAAUCGGACCGAGGUCCGAUAUUUCUCUGUACAUACCAAGCAAGCGAGAUUAAUAAAAAGUUUAUUAUAUGGUAUUUAUACUUGAAACGAACAAGAAAUGCAUGAUUUGAAAUGCAUGUUAGUAGCGUGGUUCACAUUUGGUCGAAGAAAACAAAUACCAAUGUAUUCCUUCUUUUCCACUAAAAACCAUCAUAUCUUAUUAAUAACAAAUUAAAUUAUAAUUUUCAAUUAGUUUUGCUUUUUUGUUUUAAAAUGCAUGCGUUUGUUUUUACGUAAUGGACCGCCGUCCACUACGGGUAAAUAAUGGACUGCUGAAAGUGCAUCUCAGCCAAUCGCAGUCCGCCAUUUCACUGGAAGUGAUGCUUGUCAUGUAAUAAAAUCGUUUAAUUAAUAUCAGACGAAAAUUCAUGAAGUGCUGUCUCUACCAAUGAGCAGGCCAGUUUCUAUGCGUUUCAACGAAUAGAUCGUUUGUUUAAUGAGGCUAUACGUUCGUUUGUGCAUGUUAACUGGUGAUAAGCAGGAUAAAACGAGUUCGCAAGCGUGCACCAUGACAUAGCCCUAGGCAUAGCCAUAGAUAUAGGAGAUCUAGAUUGCUAACGCAUACCUAGCGCAGGCGGGGCCUACAUGAUAAAUCCAAAAUGGCGGUACAACAGGGCAAAAAGACUAUAGAUUCUAUUACGAAAAUCAGGAUUUUUGCAUUUUUUGCCGUCGCAUUGUUUUGAAACUUAUUCGGUCAAAUUUUAUGGUAAAGAGAAACUUACCGCGAAGAUUUUGAGCAUAUAUAUGAUUGAAUUGGAUGAAAACUCGCAAAAUUAUCCAGCGAUAAAAGUUCGUGUAUAGUACUGAUAUAGUACUAUAUAUGUAACUUGUACAGUUUUGCUUUAAUUUUUGCUCACUAUUUGCAUAAAAAGCAAAUUAUAACAGACCAUAGAUGAUAGACCCUCAUCCAGUGCUCUCAUCAGUUUACUUCUCUAACAAGCAAGGAGGGGGGUGGUGGGGGGGGGGAUGGGUACAUAACAGUUCAUUUUUCAUAAUUAUGAGGACAAAGCAGAUGAUGAUGAGAGAUGCAAGUAUAAAACACCAUUCACAAGGCUAGAUGUUAACAUAGCACAGUAUUUCUGGCAAUAAAACGCUCCAACUGACCAACUGACCAUUUCACACGAACUUUUAUCGCUGGAUAAUUUUGCGAGUUUUCAUCCAAUUCAAUCAUAUAUAUGCUCAAAAUCGUCGCGGUAAGUUUCUCUUUACCACAAAAUUUGACCGAAUAAGUUUCGAAACAAUGCGACGGCAAAAAAUGCAAAAAUCCUGAUUUUCGUAAUAGAAUCUAUAGUCUUUUUGCCCUGUUGUACCGCCAUUUUGGAUUUAUCAUGUAGGCCCCGCCUGCGCUAGGUAUGCGUUAGCAAUCUAGAUCUCCUAUAUCUAUAUGGGCAUAGCGGACUACGCUGGACACCUAGAGCGCAUGUCCAAACUGAUCGGUUUGUUCCGCACUUGGACAAAGCAACCGUAAUGGAAAACGAAUUUUCCAUGCUAUAAUGUUUCCCCUAUAAAGUAGGGUGGUAAAUGAAUUAGCGAAAUGCUCAUUGUAAAGUAUAUAUAAGAAAUUGAAAUGAAUCAGCCGUAAAAUCGUAUGUAAUAAUAGACCCUAGCUAGCCCUAGGACUAGUUCGCUACACAUGAUUUCACAGUGUGUAAUGCAAUUUUUUCUACUCUAAAGCUAAAGUUUGUGCGAACCAAACAAAUUCAGGGGUUAAACAUUAAAAUUAUGGAUGUUUUGCUUAUUAUCACGAGUUCAGAUUUAUUAAUUGAACAUAUACUUAUUGGCUUAACCUCGUUACCUCGUUGUAAAACGAUAUCAGGGGAACCUGUUAUAAUUUCUUGUGUUCCUUUGUUGUCUUCAAGUCUCUGCAGCGUAAACAAUCUAGCACUAGUGCUCAUUAUGAAACGUACCAAUAACAGUAAGAAACGAAUGAAAUGAUAAACAACAAAAGCAACCUGUUCAUGAAUGAAAACAUUGAAACGGACACGUUUUGAAAAAUGCCACAAUAGUCGUUCCACUUCAGAGGUUCACGACCGCACAAGGUAUAACAAGGCUAGCAGUAAGUGUAGCAAUUUUUAUAUUCCAUCCUUUUUUUAGUUUUCCAGAGUUGUGUAUGUUUUAGAUCAUAGGCUAAUAUCAGUUCUCUGUAAGUGAUAUCCAUUAUAAAGAAACCUUAGUGAAAAACAUUUUUUGUUUUAAAUUGUGGCUUGUUGCUUGCAUGUGGUCUAGUAUAGACAAUAGGUGAUCUUGAAAGGCGCACUUGGCAAUAUUGUAAGUUGAUUUUUACAUAUGCUAUUCAACGAUUUACUUUUAUUAUAUGAUUGCAUAGCUCGUAAAGUACUAUAUAUAGUAAUAUUUUGUGAUUGGACAUAAGGUCCAUAAGCGCGGUAAGACGUUUAGACAUUUUUAAAGUUCAGGAAAAUAGUAUUGUUUCGUUUUAAAAACAGGUUGCAUUUGAAUGCAAAAGAAUUUUUAUUUCUAGAUGCAGUUGUUCAGUCAUCUAGUAUAGGUUGCUCUUUGUAAUUUUGAUACUGUUAUUAAUGAUUUACGCGACAUGGUCAGCAAUAUCACAAACAUGGCCAUCAAGACAUAUAUAAGCUCAAACCCAAAAGCUAAAAUUAUAAAAUAUUAUUUAAAAAAUUUCAGUUGCAUAACUAAGUUAUCGAUUCAUAUACCUGGCUUAUACUCUAAUUUCUUCUUAUUUGUCUUUAUAGGAAAAUGGAGCACAGAAUUUCAAAUUGCGUCUUUGUCCUUUUAGUUUUGGUAACAUGCGCAUGCACUCGAAAGAUUGGUGAGUACUUUAAUUUAAAACCUUAUAGUUGGAGACUUGCAUGGAGUCACAAUAUAAUGGUAGUAAAAUACUACGAAGUCAUGAAGCCAUGAUUGAAAUUUCAUUCACUUGUAAAGUAGCCUUAAAUCAAAUGCUUCGCGUUUCUGAAGUGCUUCGCUUUGGCUAGAGUCGGUGGUGAUUUUCCCGUCAAGCAAAGGAUUCGUAUACGCGAUGAGGGCGCAUGUGUCGUUGCAGUGCCUUGUGAUAUGCAACCUCCUGAUUGUUUAUACGCAAUGCCUACAGUAUUAAAUUGUCAACAUGAGAUUUUCAAAAAAGUUAGAUUAAUAGGGUUAGAUUUUCAAAAAACGUUAGCUUAAUUAAGGUUAGAGGUUAGGGGUUAGAGUUGGGGUUAGGUGCCGCGAAUUUAUCAUAUUGAUAAAUUCGGACGUGUUUAACAAUUUACUCAUGUAGUAAGUUCAAAGGUGAAGCUCGUGCUGUAAAUUAUUGUCCUUUAACACCGUUCUCAGUUUUCAUGCUCUUCAAAUUUUCAGUAGUGACUUCCCAAACCCCAUGUAAUAAUUGCCAAAACCGCAGAAAAAAAACUAUCUAAAAUCCCAAUAAAUUUCGAUCAAAACCGAAAACCGCAACACAUUCCUUCAAAGUAAUAGCCGGAUCUUAAGCAAGAAGGACGCCAAUGCGACGACGACGGCUAUUCACACAAUGAUAUCCCUGUCUCAUAGAAAGGAAAUGAAUAAUUAAAAGCCUGGAAGGAUUUGGAGAAGUUGUGUUAGCGCUUUUUACAACGGCGAACCAGAGAUUUUCACGUCUCUUGUACAACGUUUCAAGCCGCGACAAGCACUGGUACUACAAAUUUGCCCAGCGUGCAGGACGGUGAAUGUAAAAGGCGGAAUGGCCUGUGGAAUGGAUUGCGGAACGACUGAAAAAUGAUGUAAAUUUCGCGAUAUUUUUACGUGACAAUUUUUGCGCGAGGCAGGCAGAUGCGAAUGAGCGAAUCGAAUUUUAGAGUAAAGAAAUCGUUACAACAAUUUAGUAUCUGACUCUAUAAUUACACAUUCUCUUCGUUUUUACAGAAAAACGUCAUUACCAUUACCAUUACCCUGCAGAUUUAAGUCCGUUACCCCCGGCUCCUCCAGGGCCACCAGGUCCAGAUGGACCACCAGGAUUUGGUGGACCUCCAGGACAGGACGGUCCCAAGGGACCACAAGGCCCACAAGGACCACAGGGUCCUCAAGGUCCACCUGGUCCCCCGGGAAUGCCAGCUAUUCCGGCCGGACGUCGUAAUGCAAUGCCUUUACCAGCCCGAUUCCCUCGCCCACCGCCAAUAUACGGACCCCCUGGUCCUCCAGGCAGACCAGGACCCCCCGGACCACCUGGACGUCGAGGAGGACAAGGAGCACGUGGUGGGAAAGGACAUGCCGGGUUUCCUGGAAAAUAA